AUGGAGCUUUUCGCCGACGAGGUUGGAUCGGGAUCGGAGGGCCCGGCGGCACGGCCACGGCCACUCCGCGUACUCAAGAGACUCGGGAAUCGGGACGGACAAGUCGGAGGACGCUAUGGAACAACAUUGCAAUUGAGCAGCGAGACGAAUGACAACGAAAGCCAAGGUAGUGGCCCAGAAGAGGCUGACGAGCCCUUGGUAGUCAUGAAGAAGAGAGUGCUCCGCGGGACUGCCAGCACCGACAACGAGGGAACCGGUACAAAUAGCAACGACAUACGCGGCUUCGACAUCGAUAGAAAUGAAUUGCCGCUCAGUUCCUACGAUGGCCAUCAUCUCACUACCCAGCCAUGUAACCGCCGCCAGCUUUCCGAUCCGUUCAGCGACCCAAUUCCAACGCAGGAAGCAGCAAUUCUCGUGCCUCGAAUCAUUGUGACUCCGUCAGUCAAGGCCAUCGAGGGCAGCAGAGGUUCCAUGUGGGUUGCGAUUGAGGUUUCAGCAGAACUCUCUCGUCCACCUAAUGUAACACUCAAUGCAAUGGAUCUCGUCUUGCCAGGCGGCUCUAAGCUUUCUGAAGAUGGCUGCCGCGAACUAGGAGAUCGUUACGGCUGCAUAUACGACAUGAAUAUUCAACUCAUUCCAGUAGGGAAUAACUGCAUCCUUGAGAUGAUUCAAGAAGACGAACCCACACCAACAAUGAUAUUCCUAGGGUUGAAAGUGCUUGUACUUGCAAACAUCCACUUUGAGCCCCAGGGCCCUGUCCCUUUCAAGCCCAACGGUCAUAUCCGGCAGAGAUCUGACGAGUUGAUCGACGACCUGGAAAACCAACUGGGGAGCUCGAGGGUCGAGUACCUCCGCAUUGUGGUCACUUAUAAGCAUUCAGCAUUUCCUAAACAUGACAAGUCUGAUCCAGUCGACGGCGUUGCCGAUACGGCAAGCGAGCCUGAGCAAGGAUGCCACGGUGCAACAACCGGAAGCAACUCGACCCGGAUGGUCCGAGCUCCGGAGGACUUCGGCGACGACAUGGCGGAAGAGCCGCGCGGGUUCGCAUCGACGGGUGCCGUCUUCUGCAACGUGCCCCGAUGA